AUGAUGGAAGACCUUCCAAUGGAUGACACAGGUCCUGCCGAGCGAAACCAGCCUUUUGAAUACUUCACCGAAUUUACUUCUUUUGAUGCUGCAGCAGACCCCCAGCCAGAGGAAAAUGAGCAGAGCAUGGACGACUCAGGACCCUCAACGCCUACCCACGACACGGCCAAAUUCGAUGACAGUGACGAUGAUAACGUUCAAGUUAUCAAGCCCUAUGCUAUUGAAGAGCCCCAUGAUGAGUUGGAACCCAGCGUGCCAAGGAUAGAUCUACUACGUCUUCCAGAUCGGUUCGAACGAUGGCAGCGCGACUUGACAGACUACUUGAAUGAUCUGGACGACUACCCAGUUGUAUCCAAUGGCAAUACAACCCGCUCGAUGCGGAAGAGAGGACGGAAAAGAAAGCCAGCACAGAAUACUCCCGCUACAGAGCAGUCCAAUCCGUUCUUGAAGCAAAGAUAUGCAUCAGCCGAGAUCCAGUCCCAAGUGUAUGACCAUCACCCCAAAAGACGAAGGGUUAGCGAGCCACCACAAUGGCAUCCUACCAAUACGGACUCAUUCGGUACUUUCCGGGAACCCAACGCGAAUGAAAGCUCAAGUUCUGAAACACAAUCGAUCGACAUGAGUGGCAACGAUACCAUAGACAACUCACCCAUGCCCGAUGCGAUGGAUAUUGACUGA